GGUGUGGGCGGGGGGCCCCGGAAGUGCGGGGGACGUUCGGCGGCUGGAACACUAACGCUAACGGCCCGGGGUUCGGCUGGCGGUUUGAACGCGACGCCGGGCGCGCGGCAGCUGCAGCAGCGCAGACACUGAGAGCUCGAGCCCGAGCCCGAGCCCGACUACAGGGGGGCAGCGCCGGGCCCCGGGGGCGGCAGCACCGGCUCCAGCUCCAGCGGCCUCCUCCUCCCCGCUCUCUUCCACAGGCGGCUACUGCAGAUGAUGGAGCGGGCCAUGGAGCAGCUCAACGUUCAGCUGAGCCGCCUGACCCGCUCCCUGAGGCGGGCGCGAACCGUGGAGCUGCCCGAAGAUAAUGAAACUGCAGUUUAUACAUUGAUGCCCAUGGUCAUGGCUGAUCAGCACAGAUCUGUUACAGAGUUGUUGACAAAUUCAAAAUUUGAUGUCAAUUAUGCUUUUGGUCGUGUCAAGCGAAGCCUGUUACAUAUUGCUGCAAAUUGUGGCUCUGUUGAAUGCCUUAUUCUACUUCUGAAGAAAGGAGCAAAUCCAAACUACCAGGACAUUUCUGGAUGCACACCCCUUCAUUUAGCAGCAAGGAAUGGGCAGAAAAAAUGUAUGGGAAAACUAUUGGAAUAUGCUGCUGAUGUGAACAUCUGCAACAAUGAAGGGCUGACUGCAAUUCAUUGGCUGGCUGUUAAUGGACGCACUGAGCUUCUUCACGAUCUAGUGCAGCACGUCACUAAUGUGGAUGUCGAAGAUGCGAUGGGGCAGACUGCUUUACACGUGGCCUGUCAGAAUGGGCACAAGACGACAGUACUUUGUCUUCUGGACAGUGGUGCAGAUAUUAACAGGCCCAAUGUUUCUGGAGCUACUCCUUUGUACUUUGCUUGCAGUCAUGGCCAAAGAGAUACAGCUCAGAUCUUGAUUUCAAGAGGUGCCAAAUACUUACCUGACAAAAAUGGUGUUACUCCACUGGAUCUCUGUGUACAGGGCGGGUAUGGGGAAACAUGUGACAUUUUAAUCCAGCACCAUCCCAGGCUCUUUCAAACACUUAUCCAGAUGACACAGAAUGAACAUAUCAAGGAAAGCAUGUUGCGUCAGGUGCUUGAGCACUUGUGCCCACAGAAUGAGAACCAGUAUCAGAAGAUCCUCACCAGUCUUGCGGAAAUUGCCACCACAAAUGGCCACAAGUUGCUAAGUAUAUCAAGUAGCUAUGAAGCUCAGAUGAAGAGUCUGUUGAAGAUAGUGCGAAUAUUCUGUCAUGUAUUUCGCCUAGGCCCGUCCUCUCCCAGUAAUGGAAAUGACAUGGCUUACAAUGGAAAUAAAACUCCAAGAAGCCAAGUUUUCAAGGUCAGAAAAUUGUAUGACGUUAUUAGGAAGAUUGAAGUAAAAGAGAUGAAUUUCACAAAGCAUGCAAACGUUAAUCAGACAUCUCUUGAAAAAGAACCAUUAGAACUACUAUGGCAUUCGCUAGAUGAGUGGUUGGUUCUCAUUGCUACAGAAUUGAAAAAAAACCAAGAAGAUUCUGAGAUGGAUACCAAAAAUAUCACUUCCAUUUUACUGAAGCAGAAAGCCCAAGAGCAGAGAGCAGUUGUAAAUGCUCAGGUGCUUGGCACCAUGGGAAAAGACGUCUUGGAGCAUCAGCACCCCAACUUGGAGAAGCUGGAAGAUGAUGGUGACGACCAGAUGCAGGACGCCAGCUCAGAUGGCUUAGAUGUAAUUUCUAAGACAGCAAAUCGACUCAGUGCCGUGAUCCAGGCCUUUUAUAUGUGUUGCUCCUGUCAGAUGCCGCAGGGAAUGACGUCACCUCGCUUCAUUGAAUUUGUGUGCAAGCAUGAUGAAGUUUUGAAAUGUUUUGUGACGAGAAACCCUAUAAUAAUAUUUGACCACUUUCACUUUCUUCUGGAAUGCCCCGAGUUGAUGUCAAGAUUUAUGCAUAUCAUCAAAGCGCAGCCCUUCAAAGAUAGAUGUGACUGGUUCUAUAAUCAUCUUCAUGCUAAUCUUCCUGAUUCUGACAUGGUGCACAGGCCUGUUCAUGAAAAUGAUAUCUUGCUUGUUCAUCGAGAUUCAAUUUUCCACAGUAGCUGUGAAGUUGUUUCAAAAGCAAGCUUUGAAAAAUUGAAACAAGGUGUUGCUGUGCGAUUUCAUGGAGAAGAAGGGAUGGGCCAAGGAGUGGUGCGUGAAUGGUUUGACAUUCUGUCCAGUGAAAUUAUUAAUCCAGACUAUGCACUCUUCACUCAGUCAGCUGAUGGUUCCACUUUCCAGCCAAACAGCAAUUCCUCAGUGAAUCCGGACCACUUGAAUUAUUUCCGGUUUGCAGGGCAAAUUCUAGGUUUAGCACUUUAUCACCGACAGUUGGUUAACAUUUACUUUACACGUUCGUUCUACAAACAUAUACUUGGUACCCCUGUAAAUUACCAAGAUGUGGCAUCCAUAGAUCCAGAGUAUGCUAAAAACCUUCAAUGGAUUUUGGACAAUGACAUUAGUGAACUGGGCCUGGAACUUACAUUUUCCGUCGAGACUGAUGUAUUUGGUGCAAUGGAGGAGGUGCCUUUAAAACCAGGGGGCAUUAGUAUUCUUGUCACACAGGAUAAUAAGGCCGAGUAUGUUCAGCUGGUCACUGAGUUACGAAUGACUCGAGCUAUUCAGCCUCAGAUAAAUGCAUUUUUGCCAGGCUUUCAUCUAUUCAUCCCACCAUCCCUAAUUCAGCUAUUUGAUGAAUAUGAGCUGGAAUUACUACUGUCUGGCAUGCCAGAGAUUGAUGUGACUGACUGGCAAAGCAAUACUGAAUACACGAGUGGCUACGAGAAAGAAGACCCAGUGAUAAAGUGUUUCUGGGAAGUUGUGGAAGAGUUCACUCAAGAAGAAUGUGUGUUACUAUUACAAUUUGUGACUGGCAGUUCCCGAGUCCCUCAUGGUGGUUUUGCGUAUCUGAUGGGUGGCAGUGGGUUGCAGAAGUUCACGAUAGCUGCGGUGCCAUACACUUCCAACCUGCUUCCCACAUCCAGUACAUGCAUCAACAUGUUGAAAUUGCCAGAAUACCCCAGCAAAGAAAACCUGAAGGAUCGGAUUCUUGUAGCAUUGCACUGCGGAAGCUACGGAUAUACAAUGGCAUGAGUACAUCCGAAGCCUUGGAAGUGUCUCUGAGAGAGAACUUUAUUCCUCAACCCAGUUUAAUAACGCUCCUGAUUUUAAAAUGUUGUUUCCAGGCUCACGGGCAACUUUGUCAUUUGCACUUUGGUGUACGCAUGGCAGGCACUGAAUGUUCGCGUCAGGCAUUAUGCUGGCGUGAUAUUUUUUAGGAACUUUUGUUUUUAAAAUUGUUGCACACAACUCAUCAUGCAUUUGUGCGAAAAGCAUAGGAAUUUGAAAAUAGUUGCUAAAUAAAUAGAAAUGGUAUUCUGAAAUGCAUAACUCAGCAAACUUGAAUUUGUGGCUGGAAUAUGUGGGGUCAAUUGCCAAACGUCAUAUAUUUACAGUAGAGAGGAAGCCAAGAUUUCUUUAUAUUUUUUGUAAGACAAAGAACAGACAGAUGCUUUAUUUUUUUUUGUGGUGUUAAUUUUUAGUUUACUAUUCAGACUUCAUAAUUUAACAUCUCUGUGAGAGGGAGGGCAUUGUCGAUAGAAAUAACCAGAAUAUAUUUAAUAGAUCGUUCUAACAACCAAAAUUACUUUGCAGAAUUUCUGCCAAAUCUUAAUAGCCAUCUUAAAAAAAGGAUUGAACUGUGUUAUGAAAGUAUUUGUAUAUUGUGAAAAUUAUGCAUUGUAUAUAUUGCUAUGUUCUGUACAUACAGUGUAAUGCACUUGCCUGUGUUUCUUGAUGUUUGCAUGACUUUUUAGGGAAAAAAUAUUAAAUUUCUUAUUGAAAAAUU